AAGGUUCAUUGAAUCACUGGUGACGAUUCUAAUAAAUAAAAGGCAGAUGCGUUCUCUUUAUUGCAAUUUAACUUUCAGUUCCAUUAGGUGGAAAAGAUGGCUUGAAUUUCCCGCAAAACAAUUUUUUUUUAAUGUUGGUAUAGCUGAUAAUCUUUAUCGAAUUCCAGUGGCGUAUCACUAUAAUUGCAAGUAAUAUUAAAUCAAAACCUUUUAGGUGUAAAGGUUUUCUUCUAUCUCUCUUUUCACAGUUUGUACCAACUGCUAACUAAUGUUGCUAUGAGAAAUCCUUUUAUUGUUUUGUUAAAAUAGUUGUCUAUGAACAUGGUUCUUUCUCUUAAGGGGCGAAGGAGUAUAAUUUAGUAUUCGGUGCACGAGAAAUCCUCGUUAAAUGGUUUGCAGAAUCUUUUUGAACCUUUCUUUACUGAAAUGUAGUCGUAACUUACAAAUUUGAUUAGACAAUGUUUGAAUUUUAACUAAUAUAAUUUCUCAAUUCUCUCCAUGUGAACUCAAGUUCAGUGAAUUUGGUACCUUAGUGUAAAACCAGCUUUAGUCAAGCAAGGUUGUGGCUCGUCUCAUUAGCUGGACAAGAGACACAACAACCAAAACAAGAAAGUUAGGUUAUCUUACCAAAAUAAGUGUUUGUAAAUAAUGAAUACUUCUACUAGCAUAAAUAGCCAAGACUUAAAUAUGAUGCCCGCAAAGAAGUUUUUACUUCUAGAGGACUCAAAUAUAAAUGUAAAAAUUAACUUCUAUAACAAGUAUAACUUUUUUUGUACGAAAUCGAAUACACAAUGCAUAAAACUGGACAUAACAUUCACAUUUGGACUGGACUUAAAGGUCGACAUGAAAUUAGUUUCGUCUAUUGGAACAGUUAGUCAAAUUGGAGAUAUUUCAAAGAUGAUCAUUUGGGUGCAAGAUGAUGCGAUUCGCAAUGAAAUUCGGAGUUGCACAAAUUACUUGCAGAGACAAAAGAAUUUAAACUUUGCCAUCAGUAUUCUUAAAAACAUUGCUGUGACUAUCGAAGAACGUAAAUUAAUAUUACAAAUGUUAAUCCUACACUCUGACGGUUGCAUACAAUAUAAAAAUCACUUGGAUGGAGGAGUUCUUAUUGUAUACCAUACCGAGGAUAAGAAAUAUUUUAAAUCACAUUGGAAAAUACAGUUCAUUUGUGCCACACACAGUGCGAUUGAUUGUAUAGAUUUUACAGUAACUCGGAAAGAUGUGUUAUUUUAUAAGGUCGUGAAAGGGGCCAUGGAUCACCUCGUUUCUCCUAAUCUACCAUUUAAUGUUAAAGUGCAGCACUGGUGGACGGUAAUUGAAGCAGUUAAAAUGACAUGUGAGGUACCCGUUUUAGAGAUUAUAGAUGGUGAUAUAUGGGAUCAACAGGAUUUUACUUUAGUACGAAGUUUAACGUUGCUUUCAGCCGGAGUAAGUGAACAGUAUGAGAUUGUUGAAGAUGAAGAGAUAUUAACUGUUUAAAGUUUUUGUUGCAUUUAUUUAUAUUUAUUAAAUAGUUGAAUGGAAGUUAUUUUAAAAUGUGAUACCUACAUUCUGUAAAUGUACAGUGUUAAACUAAAUACAAAGUACUUAUGUGUU